UUUGUCUCCCUCUCCCUCCCUCCCUCUCUCCCUCCUCUCUCUCUCUCUCUCUCUCUCUCUCUCUCUCUCUCGGUAACGUACUUUCAGUUUCAGUCUGCAUUCCACUGGAAUUUACAAGCCAUAGAUAACAGACUUACAACCCCCAAAACCUGACCUUCGAGAUCCCCAACAGUCCCUCCGAGCUCCGGAGAGCCACGCGCUAGGCUUCCUCCGCUGUCCCGUCGCACCGCUAUAAGCAUUGCGGUUCUUGGUUCAAUAUGUCAGAGGCCUCCAAAGUCAUUCAUGUUCGCAAUGUCGGGCACGAGAUUUCUGAGAACGACCUGCUUCAGCUAUUUCAACCAUUUGGAGUAAUUACGAAGCUUGUGAUGCUUCGGGCAAAGAAUCAGGCCCUUAUCCAAAUGCAGGAUGUUGCUGCUGCCAUUAGUGCUCUGCAAUUUUACACUAAUGUUCAGCCAAGCAUUAGGGGUCGGAAUGUUUAUGUCCAAUUCUCAUCGCAUCAAGAGUUGACUACAAUGGAUCAAAAUUCUCAGGGGAGAGGAGAUGAGCCAAAUCGAAUUCUGUUGGUUACUAUCCAUCACAUGAUGUAUCCCAUCACAGUGGAGGUACUCCAUCAAGUCUUCUCUCCAUAUGGAUUUGUCGAGAAGAUUGUCACCUUCCAAAAGUCAGCUGGCUUUCAAUCCCUUAUCCAAUUUCAGGGACGUCAGAGUGCUAUUAAUGCUAGAACUUCUCUUCAGGGACGUAAUAUUUAUGAUGGCUGUUGCCAAUUGGACAUUCAAUUUUCAAACCUUGAUGAGCUACAAGUGAACUACAAUAAUGAUAGAUCAAGGGAUUUUACGAAUCCUAAUCUGCCUUCUGAACAGAAAGGCGGUAGAUCAUCACAGCCCAGCUAUGGGGAUGCAGGAGGCAUGUAUGCCCUUCAAGCCGGUGGGGGUCGUGCAGUUGCAUAUCCACAGAUGGCUAAUGCCGCUGCCAUUGCAGCUGCCUUUGGAGGAGGUUUGCCUCCUGGAAUAAGUGGAACAAAUGAUAGGUGUACAGUCCUUGUGUCUAACCUAAAUCCCGAUAGAGUAGAUGAGGAUAAACUUUUCAACCUCUUCUCUCUAUAUGGAAACAUUGUGAGAAUUAAGCUUCUCCGAAACAAACCAGACCAUGCACUUGUUCAGAUGGGCGAUGGGUUCCAGGCUGAGCUAGCAGUGCAUUUCUUGAAGGGUGCCAUGCUCUUCGGGAAGAGACUGGAGGUCAACUUUUCAAAGCACCCAAAUAUUACUCAAGGUGCUGACACGCACGAGUACGUGAACUCGAACCUCAACCGGUUCAAUCGCAAUGCCGCAAAGAAUUACCGAUACUGCUGCUCCCCAACGAAGAUGAUCCACCUCUCAACCCUCCCUCAGGACAUCACCGAAGAGGAGAUUGCGGCCCACCUCGAAGAGCAUGGGAAUAUUGUGAACACCAAGCUCUUUGAGAUGAAUGGGAAGAAGCAAGCCCUGGUGCUGUUUGAUACUGAGGAGCAAGCCACAGAAGCACUCGUCUGUAAGCACGCGACCUCCCUUGCCGGGUCAAUAAUCCGAAUCUCCUUCUCCCAGGUGCAGGCUAUCUAAGAAAAACAUUCUCCAGUAUAAAAGAGGAAAAAAAUAACCCCCAAAAAAAAAAAGGACCUGGUAAAUCUCUUUGUGGCUUGCGUGAUGGAAGUAUUAUUAUUUCGGUGUCGGUAACUUCUACUCGACAAAAAGGAUUGUUAUGUGGGUGGCUGAGUCCGUCUUUCUUUCUUACUAAGUUGACUUGUGUUGUAGAUUUAACUGCUCUCUUAGCUGGGGAUGAUACUCUCUUUGAAACUUCCUCCUUGUCUCUCUGUCUUAUGCUUGAUUGGUGCUUGUAGCAGUAAAUUCUUAUAGGCUCUUCUGUUUUCGGGUUUCUCAUUGUUUUUGAGGUUGUGUUGGUUUGCAGCUUAGGCUUCAAUUUUGAAGAUAAAUAGGGAGGGAGAGAGGAAUAGUAUUUUGCCCUUUUUUCCUUAUUGAAGAGCUAAUUUCAGUGCCCUUUUUUGUUUGUAAUAUUAUUGUAAUUCAGUCAGUCAGGCCAAUUGUUUUUUUCCUCCUCUGUAAUAUCAAAUAAAGACUUGCCUUGUGUCUUCUUCA